UCUGGGCUAAAGCAGCGUUACAAGUCGGAACACGGGGGUAACGCUCAGAAGCUCAGGGAGAGGCUUUAGUGCUGAGCCCAUUCUAUGAAUGUUGAUGAGGGCUGUUCCUUACGUCACGUUGCACAGGCGCCCUGUGUUGGGACAAAAGCACCCGCUCUUACACACACAAACACGUACACACACACACACACUGACUGACUGACUGCCCGUUUCCCUGCACCUCCGGGAGGCUGUGCGCCCGUUACAAACCCCCUGCUCCUCGCCCCCAUUACAGUUUCUCAUACGUGAUCCAGAAAUGUAAGCGCUGAAGUGGCGCAGCUGCAGGCGCGGUGCAAAGCUGGACAUUGUGUGAGGACUUGUGGGGACUGUGGUGCUGAACGGACAGCUCCCGUGUCUGGCCGCUACCAAUGCAAAGGGAGGGGAGGCGGUGCUGAAAGAACAGCUCUCAUUCAGGGCUGAAGGUGCUCCCUGUCCUGAGCUCAAAGCAUCCACAAGGCGCCGGAGCAGAUUUACCUUUAUCAGUACGAUAUUCGCUUUCCACAUGCAGUGACUUUUGGGGAAUGCUCUCGGAUGAAGAUAUUUCUGCUAUAGACCUGUAGGAAGUGGCCGCUGAUGGGUCAGCUCCUACUGUCGGCAAACCUUUUGUUUCUUUGUAGGUGAUCCCGCAAAAUGUACAGACUGCUGGGCUAGGGGCUCGGAGUAAAUGCUUGACUUCAACUGGGACGCCCUGAUGCUGGAUCUCCACCGAUUCCAUGGCGGUGGCACGAAAAAUCAAAACUUUGCUGACUGUCAACAUCUUAGUCUUUGUGGGUAUCAUUCUCUUCUCAGUGUACUGCAGGAUCCAGGACAGGUCCCAGGAACUGGUACAGAUUGUCAGAAGUUCUGAUCGCAGAGUAAGGAGCAGGGGUACCAAAGUGGGGGCUCUAGUGGACCGGGAGUCUAUACUUCAACGACUGGACCACCUAGAGGAAGUAGUGUACAACCAGCUAAAUGGUUUAGCCAAGCCUAUGGGACUUGUGGAGGGACCUGGAGGGCUCGGACAAGGUGGUAUGGCUGCAACCUUGAGAGAUGACAGCCAUGAAUCAGAAACAAAAUAUGAGGAAUACGGUUAUAAUGCCCAGCUCAGUGACAGAAUUUCGCUUGACAGAUCUAUUCCUGACUACAGACCCAAAAAAUGCAAACAGAUGACUUACCCGGAUGACUUGCCUCAGAUUGCAGUAGUCUUUAUAUUUGUGAAUGAAGCUCUAUCUGUUAUCCUGCGGUCCGUGCACAGUGUAGUCAACCACACUCCAUCCUAUCUCCUGAAAGAGAUUAUACUAGUGGAUGACAAUAGCGACAAUGUUGAGCUGAAAUUUAACUUGGAUCAAUAUGUGAAUAAGAGAUACCCAGGGCUGGUGAAAAUAGUUCGUAACACGAGAAGGGAAGGACUCAUUCGAGCUCGGAUUCAAGGAUGGAAGGCAGCCAGUGCACCAAUCGUUGGCUUUUUUGAUGCUCAUGUGGAAUUCAAUACCGGCUGGGCUGAACCAGUGAUUACAAGAAUUAAAGAAGAUCGGAGACGAAUCAUUUUACCAGCGAUCGAUAAUAUCAAGUACAAUUCAUUUGAAGUGCAGCAGUAUGCAAACGCAGCCCAUGGCUAUAACUGGGGGUUAUGGUGCAUGUACAUCACUCCUCCUCAGGAUUGGUUAGAAAAAGGCGAUGAGUCUGCUCCAAUCAGAACUCCUGCAAUGAUUGGCUGCUCUUUUGUGGUGGACAGAGCAUACUUUGGAGAUAUUGGACUGCUAGACCCUGGCAUGGAAGUGUAUGGGGGAGAGAACAUUGAGCUAGGCAUGAGAGUAUGGCAGUGUGGUGGAAGCAUGGAAGUUCUUCCUUGUUCCAGAGUCGCCCACAUCGAACGCACAAAAAAGCCUUACAACAAUGACAUUGACUACUAUGCAAAGCGCAAUGCUUUAAGAGCUGCUGAAGUGUGGAUGGAUGAGUUCAAGUCCCAUGUCUACAUGGCUUGGAAUAUACCUAUGACAAACCCUGGCGUGGAUUUUGGGGAUGUCUCAGAGAGAGUCGCUCUGCGCCAGAAGCUGCAAUGCCGUAGUUUUAAAUGGUACUUGGAAAAUGUAUAUCCAGAAAUGCGAGUGUAUAAUAACACUAUAACUUAUGGCGAGCUUCGAAACAGUAAAGCAACUGGCUACUGUUUGGAUCAAGGUUCUGAAGAUGACAACAAAGCUAUUCUGUACCCUUGCCAUGGCAUGUCCUCGCAGCUUGUACGCUACAGCAGUGAAGGCCUACUCCAGUUAGGCCCAUUGGGUUCCACAUCCUUCCUUCCUGAUACAAAGUGUUUGAUUGAUGAUGGAAAAGGCAGAACCCCCACACUAAAGAAAUGUGAUGAUGUUCCCCGGUCACCUCAAAAACUUUGGGAUUUUACACAGAGCAGCCCCAUUGUUAAUAGAGACACUGGUCGUUGCCUGGAAGUUGAAAUGUCCAAGGAUGCCAAUUUUGGAUUACGGUUAGUAGUGCAGAGAUGCUCAGGACAAAAAUGGAUAAUAAGAAACUGGAUAAAACAUGGAAGAAAUUGAUGUCUUUUUUGAAAGCGGAUAUUCAGCCAAGAUUUUGGUUGCCCACAAGGCUAUGCCUAUUUGUAUAAACCUUGGGAAUACAGGACAUUCCUUAUAAAAGGUAACAACGACUAAACAUCACAUGAUAAUGGACCAUCCACUGAGUGGAUUAAUUGUCAUGGGUGUUGUAUGGGGAAAAAAAUACACUUAUAGGACCAGAUGUGACUUCUGAUUGCUUGGAAGAUACGGAAGAGCCUGCAGAGGGAAUUCUAGCAAGACUGAAGGCCAAGAGAAAAGAUUAUUUCCGUUGGUAGAUUUUGUGUUACAGACUGGUGCACAAUUCUACAACAAAUUAUCAUGUGCCUUUUAUUGUACUUCCUAUACAAGAAAAUAGAGCAUCCCUUACAUCAGCAUGUGUGAUUGUGAUAAUAAUGUAAAUAAAAUACAGAUGUAAUUAAGCAAUAAUCCCCAAUGGGCUAGGUAUCUUUUUGAGGGAAUACCACAGAUUUUAAGCCUGUGAGCAGGAUAGCAUUAUUUAUAUGUGAUAAGAUCAGCUUUAAAAAUGGCACAAGUUGCACAUUUUUGGCUAGUUCCCAACAUUCCCCAAGGAGCAGAAAAUGUUGUCCUUCUUUUCUGCUAAAAAGGUGGAAUUGUUUGUCAUGAGCUCUACAAGAAGUUUGUAAUGCACAGUCUAAAAAUAUGUCAACCAGUUGCAUCAAAUGAGAGGCACACAGCUUCCUGGGGUUAUGUAACAAAAGGUGCAAAAUGUGUUGUAAUUUAGCCACCUGUAGCAACCAAUCAACUGAUAGCAUUUACUGCUCCCUAGGUUCAAUGCAAACAUUGGUUGCUAUGGGUUACUUCACCUUAGCAAACUUUGUGUCUUUUAUUUUACAUGGGGAUUAAUGUUCUAAGGGAAGCAGGAAGCUAAGUGCAAGACUAUAAAAUUCAGUGCAAUUGCACCUGAUCUGCCUGGAUACUACACCAUGUAAAGAGGGAACAGAAUUCCUUACAGACAAGCCCUUACCAAACACAGUAGUUGAGAUGAAUCCAAGCUGCAAAUUGCAACCUAUUUUGAUUGAAUUUAUUUAACAUAAAUGGGGUCUGUAAUAAAAGCCGUUAACAGAAAAUAUAUGCUAUAGUUUUUGUUUUUGCCAAACCCAGAAAUUGUAUAGCGACCACUUCGACUAGUGGAAGAAAGAUUGUGAAUUUUAUAGUUUGCACCAGUGUGCAGGGCAUGUAAUAAAACGUCUUACUGUAAAAAAGAUUUUAUCUUUGCUCCAAAAGACUGUGCUCUGCUCAAUUAAAAUUUGCAAUGGGAUAACUGUUUAACGAAGAAUUCUACAUUGUGACAUUCAAAGUUUUAUUCUUAUUUAUAUUAUUUAUCGCAAUGUUUUUCUUCCAUUCCCCUUACUUCUGUUCCCCUUAAUUACUACCAAGAUUAAAAUAGGGACUGGCAACAAUUUUUUUGCCCACUGUGCAAAUUUUUUUUCACCUCAUUUAUGGGAGGCAUAGACUUGUGCCUGCAACUUGCACCCACUGUGUAAGGAAUAUAUAUUAGUGGCCCAUAGAAAAGAGUACAUGUUUCAUAGGAGCCCUCUACAUACUGCCUUUCAAGGCUGGUGUUGGUCACAAAGCUCCCUUAAGCUCCUGAGCAUUGGGGUCUGCUCUUUGCUCCAAAUGUUUCAACAAAGCAACAACAGACACAAGGAACACAGUGCAAUUUGCAGUGCACAAGGGCUAUAUUAACAGCACUCUUAGGGGCUAAGGGUUUUUGCUUCCCUUAGCACGACAUUUGCACCUACCCCUAGGUAAUAAGCCAUGGAGCUGUAGAGAGCAGAAAGAGUAGAUAGAUAGAUAGAUAGAUAGAUAAUCUGCUUAAAAAAGAUUGCUUUUGUUACACUUGCUCUUAAAAAUGAAGUUGUAAAAAUUGGUCUCUUCUGGUUUUGAUAGCUGCAAUUUAUGCUUUACCCUCUUCCCUAUUUAGGUGCAAUAUCCAUCUUUACAGACCUGAAAAGGGAUAAGAUUUACUGGUAAGUUUAGGUGCACUGGGGUGUUUAAUGGAAGAGAUGUAUUUUAUUGUUAUUGUCAGAUUUUCUUGAUAAAAAAAACACAAUUUGAAAAUUAAAAGCUAUGGAAUAGUUGGAUUGAGACAAGUGCAUUUUUUAAUUUAUAAUUUUAUUAAUCUUUAUUUUCCCUAACAUAAAAGAAAAUACAGAGAUGUAUUUGGGUUUUAAGUAAAUGUAUGCUGGGUGUCAGCUGCAUAGCACCUAUCCAGUGGAGAUUAUUGUAUUAUUAUCAUCAGUGUAUUUUUAACAUUUGGGCAAAUAAAAACCUUUCGUUUCUGCCUAUCACAUCUGUUGGAUUCACACAGAAUUUACUGGGCAUAUGAUGUACAAGGAGUAUGAUAAUAUGGUCUCCAUUUCAACUGUUAAAUCUCGUCACAGAAUAAAAACUUGGCUAAACCUUG